AUGGAGACGCUGCCGGACGACGUGGUGGUGGAGAUCCUGGUGCGCGUGACGGAUGUGGCAGCCCUCUUCCGCUGCGCCGCGACGUGCAAGCGAUGCCGCCUCCUCAUUGCCGAGCCGUCUUUCCUCCGCCGCCGCUGGCCUGAGGGCGUGAGUCACCAGUCCUCCCUGCUCGGCUUCUUCGCCAUGCAACAGCCCCGUGAAGAACCAACAGAAGGGAGCUCUGCUGCGCCCAUGCCGCCCUUCACCCCGGUGCCAUGGUCCCCGCUCGGAGAGCGCCACCGCUCCCUGACCAUCACCGCCCCUGGGGGUCGUGGCUGCCAGGUAACGCUGCUCACCUCGCGCCGUGGCCUUCUUGUUAUGCGGUUCUUCCCACUCGAGGAACCCAGCGAUGGGUACAUUAAGACCAUGAACCUGACAUUGUACGAUCCAAUCGCCGGCAAAAGCCGUCAGCUGCCUGAGUUGAAGAGCAAUAGACCUUUCCGAAUACAAGGAUGUGCCCUUCUAACCCGUGCGGAUUGUUGCCCGGACAAAACACGAGGAGCAGCGUCAUCGGUCCCCUCGUCCUUCCUCAAAGUGCUAAUCAUCGGCGUCGAUCAAGAUGGGCCAGGCGCUGAUCAAGAUGAGCCACGGCACAAUCUCCACGUGUUCACUUCCACGAAGUCGAGCUCGAGCUGGAACACGCCCAGGGAGUGCUUUCAGCCUUUGGAGGACGGCACGCGUGUGGUGUCCCAGCAGAUCAGCGCUGUCGUGUGCCAAGGCACUGCACAUUGGCUCUUCAGCAAUACGUCUAACUUGUACGCACUCACUGUGUGUGCUAGGACCACAGAGAUGUCCUUAACAAGGAUACCAGUCACACCGGAUCAACCUCGGCUGCUGCUCGGAGUCACCGAUGGCGGGUCGCCGUCAUUGCUUCGCUUGGACGGGCAAUGCACUAUGCUCGAGGUCUGGAAACGCCGAACUGACAACAUGUGUGGACACAACAACACAGGCCGCUGGCAUCGCACCAAGAAGAUCGAGUUACGACCACCCAAGUGGGGCAAGAUCGACCAGGUGCAGUGCGUGUGCGUGGGUGAGACAAGCGGCAUACUGCUCGUCAAGGACAAUCAACAAGACGUGUACAUCGUAGAUCUCCAAACAGGGGCAAUGGAGGCGGUCACCAGCUGGUUUCGAGGCAUUGUUUUGAGGGCCAUCCCUUUUGAGAUGGAUUGGCCAGCCUUCUUCACCCGUCGCUUGGCGAACACUAGGAUCAAACGAACUAAACCGGGAGGAGUUCUAUCAAAACUUGCUGACCCUUUUUGGGGACAAAUAGUAGUGUCGCUUAUCAUUGUAUCAAUUGCUAUGAGUUGGGCCUAG